AUGGAGGUGUCGAUGAAUACGAAGGGCUUCCGGCGGUAUGGCAAGCAGGUUCGUGAGGCAGAGGUGGCGGGGAAUGUUCUGAGGCUGCCCAAUGGUUUCCUGGGCAAGCAGCUGCUUCCACUGUGGCUCCAUCCGAACUACAUCCUUCUCGAGGAUUUCCUGGUUCGGAACACCAAGGGAGAUGCCAUGGAUGUGGAUGAAGAGUUCAAAGUUCGGAAAUCGCAGUUUCACUUGGUAGGAACACCCGGGAUUGGGAAGAGCUACUUUGGGCACUAUUGGUUCUUCAAGCAAGCCAAGGAUGGCAAGCGGGUGAUCUGGAGGAGCCAGGGCGGUGUUUUCGUCUACUUUGACUUCUCGCUCGAGGACCCCUUUGUGCACGCUUCCAGCGACUACGUUGUCCCCGGCCCUUGGUUGGAGGAUAUCGAAACAAUCUGGCUGGUGGUGGAUGGCGGCUGCAAGGGCCUCGACCACGAUGGUUUUGUGCUCCAGUGCGUCUCUCCAGGUCGCAGUGGCUACCACGAGUUUGCAAAGGAUGUGGGCGUGCCUUUUCACCUGGAAGCAUGGACGCUCGAAGAGUUGAUGCGGUGCAGGGAUGCUCUGAACCUGGGAUUCACGGAUGAAGAGCUUGCAGAGCGUUUCUACUACUGCGGGGGCCUGCCUAGAGAAGUGUUGGAUAAAAGGAAGACUAGCCAGAGCCUGAAAGACUUCAUGACAACGGCGGUGUCUUGGGCCCCAAGCUGGGAGGCAGUGAUAAGGGAUGUAGCAUCUGGUGCAGAUGCCAUAUCCAAUUACCUUCUCCAUUAUCGGCUGCAAAGGGAGCUCGGUGUGAAUGCAGUUGCUUCGGACUGUGUGCUGCAGUUUACGUUGAAGUUCGCUUCCUUCUUUGUAGAGGAUUUGGUAGUUGAUAAGUUCCAGAGGCUGGGACAUGGGAAAGUCAGGGAGUUUUUCGACUUCUGCCAGAGAGUUCCUGAGGCCCGCGCAUUGUCACGGAAGUUUUUCGAGAAAAACGUCCACAGGAAGCUGCAGGAUGGCGGAGGUGAUUACACAAUCAAGGAUUUGGUAACACCGGACAAGCCUCACCCGGUUUUUGAGUUAAAGCCAUCGAGCACCAAAAGGCUUCGUCGCUGGGAAGUCACUAAAGUGGCUGAGGGAAAACCAUCGAAGGACGAGAAAAUGCGUGGCUCUGCUGUAAUCGGCAAGGGGGAAUCCGUAGGAUUGGCAAACCUUGAUAGAGGCUGUUUCGUCAACUCGUAUGCAGCCGUGUUCAAGUCGCUGGACUCGUUCGUCGUCCCAGAUAUCAUGAUCCAAUGUACGUGCUCUCUGGAUCACAAGAUUUUCUGGGCUCCGGUCCUGGAGGUGGUGCAGGAAUACGAUCGUUGGUAUUCACUCCAAGGUAGUACGCCGCCACCUUACUACCGCCUCAUCUUCAUUGUCCCAGAGUGUCGGUUUCGGGACUUCAAGUUUCAAGGGUAUAAGAAGGAAGAUGGCACUGACUAUUUGGAGCUGCAGCCUGAAAUGUCCAGAGUGAGGCAGUUGGCUUUAUCUUUUCCAUGGUAA